AUGACAAAAUUACACCCCAUAACUUACUUGAAGGGAAAUAAAUUUUUUUUCCGAAACCGUAGGAAGUACUACAAUUAUGGAACAACACAAGGGGUGAUGACUCCACAAAUUCUUUGCCAUCAUUUUAGAAGACGCAGAUGUGCAAAAACAAUAUAUCCAUUUUAUUAUGAAAAUUUCUCAACCCUAGAAAGGAAUAAUAACCCGGCUGAAGAUGCAGAUGGACACCAGGAGGGUAACUCGCAUAAGGGCGAUUCUUCGAGGAAAAGUGGAAAGGAGCAGGGGCGGGUAAACGAAGCGAACAAUACGGACGAAGCAAUAAAUGGAACUAAGGAGGAAAGUCACAACGAGAUAAUCUCGACAGAUGAUUCAUUCCAAGAAUUUGGAUACAAAUAUGAAAAGCACGAACCAACCAUGUUUGGUGAUUGGGCCCAUAAUUGCAGAGUCACAGAUUUUUAG